CCACGACGAUGUCGGCGGCGGACGGUGACGGCUGGGACGGAAACCGGCAGCGCGGAGGCGGCAGCGGCGACGGGCCGGCGGCUCUCGCCCCGCACGGGGGUCUCCUCAACCGUUUCGUCAGGCUCCCGCCGGGCCCGGGCCGAGGCGGCCACAGAGUCCCACCAGCCAGAAGCGGCCACCGCUGCGUAGCAGACAACGCCAACCUGUACGUGUUCGGAGGAUAUAAUCCAGACUACGACGAGUCUGGAGGGCCGGAGAACGAAGACUACCCACUGUUCAGGGAGCUCUGGCGAUACAACUUUGCUACUGGCACCUGGCAUCAAAUGGGCACCGAGGGCUACAUGCCGCGAGAACUGGCAUCCAUGUCGCUUGUGCUGCACGGCAACAACCUCUUGGUCUUUGGGGGCACCGGAAUCCCGUUUGGCGAGAGUAAUGGCAACGACGUUCACGUCUGCAACGUGAAGUACAAGCGCUGGGCCCUGUUCAAUUGCCGAGGGAAGAAACCAAACCGUAUAUAUGGACAGGCUAUGGCUAUCAUUAACGGAUCCCUGUACGUCUUUGGAGGCACCACUGGCUACAUUUACAGCACAGACCUGCAUAAGCUGGACCUAAAUACCAGGGAAUGGACCCAGCUGAAGCCAAACAACAUGCACUGUGACAUGCCAGAGGAAAGAUACAGGCAUGAAAUCGCACACGACGGGCAAAGGAUUUACAUCUUAGGAGGAGGAACGUCUUGGACAGCCUAUUCCUUGGACAAGAUUCAUGCCUACAACCUUGAAACAAACACCUGGGAGGAAAUUGCAACAAAGCCUCAUAAAAAAGUUUUCCCUGCGGCCAGGAGAUGUCACAGUUGCGUCCAGAUAAAAAAUGAUGUUUUUGUCUGCGGAGGCUAUAACGGAGAAGUGAUAUUAGGAGACAUCUGGAAACUGAACCUGCAAACUUUCCAGUGGGUGAAACUCCUGGCUAUUAUGCCUGAACCUGUUUAUUUCCACUGUGCUACCGUGACGCCGGCCGGCUGCAUGUACGUCCACGGCGGUGUGGUGGACAUCGUUCGGAACAAACGGACUGGCUCUCUCUUUAAGAUGUGGCUGGUUGUGCCCAGCCUCUUGGAACUGUCUUGGGAGAAGCUACUGGGUUUUUUCCCUCACCUAGCAAACCUCACCAGAUCGCAGCUUUUGCACCUUGGACUCACACAGGGACUCAUUGAGCGCUUGAAAUGAGAACCUCCCGCUCUUAAAACACUAAAAAGUGACUCCUCUUCCUUCCCCCUGUUCUCUCUCUGUCUCUCUGUCUCUAUUUAUGAGUCCUGCAGAAGAUGGCCGCGAAGGAGGUGGCCAAAGCCCUGCUCCAAAGCCUUACUUGGCAAAAUACAUCAGAUGCCUUUCCUGUGAAUUUUUAUUUUAAAGUUUAUUAAAGUCAGCCUUUUUUUAAUUUAUGGAUACCUAUAAAUACAUCAUGAACUAAAAGAUGCUGUUGCUGAACUAAUUUGUACUGCUUUUGCUGCAUGCUUGUAAGUCUUCAGUGGGGAAGGAGGGUGGACGUUGUGACUCGCCUUCCCACGCCGGUCUCCUAGAUCUCGUUUUGUAAGAUGUGCUGAAGUGCAUUGAACACUCUGCAGCCGUUCCAGCGGCCGGCUUUAAAGAAGCAUGCUGGGCUCAGUCCGGAUUCCAUCGUGGCUCCUCUCGCCCUGGCUGGCUCCACUGGUAUGAAGUGUCAAAAGACCAGACCAAACCAACCGCGCGUCUUCGGCGGGCAGACGUUGCAGCUGGAAAAGACGUCGUGACCUUCUGAAAUGUGUUGUCAUUUCUUGCCUUUUCAUAUUGAAAUUUCCAAUCGAAGGCUUACUUACUCUGGCUUCAGCGCAACUGUCUGUCCUGAACGGCGGCAGGGAGGGGAGAAGGACGUUUACCCACCUGCCGUUUCUACUCACAUCCCACUUCGGAGGAGUCAAUGGAGCAAGAAAACUAUGACGAAAUCCGUGCUAUUUUUCUCCCCGUUGCAAGUGUGUGUGCGUGAAUCUGGAAAUCCAUGAUCAGUGCUGUAGCUGUUAUCAGCCGCUAGUUUUUUCUUCAGUAGAUACUGGACGUCACUCUGCGUUCUUGCUUUCACUCCGAUUGUUUUAAGAACCCAUUUCAGUGGGCCCGCGUUCCCCAACACAGGGCAACGUAAUAACUGAUCAUUCAUUCCCAGGAAAUGCCAUGUUGUCACUCCUGUGUCUUUUUCCUUUCCUGCACAUGGGCGAGACGCCUGACAUUUUGCUGUGAACAGUAUUUGCCUUCUUU